AUGGCCGGCCUCGUCGGAUAUGCAAGUAGCGAUGAUGAGGAAGCAAUGCAAGAGGUGGAAUCUUCUCUAUCUCAGAAUAAGCAAAGAGUGAACACUACAGAUAAUGAACAGGAAGUGACUGAGAAAACCAACACAUCGGCUUCUGAGUAUAAGAGUCUUAAACAUGUUCCCAUUGCCCCAAUCCAACAAAAUGCUGCACCCUUGGGACCUUUCCUACCGCCCAUGGAAGGAGCUGUUGUGGAUGAUCAAGACCCAGCAUCUAGACCUACUUCACCAUACUCGAGCUAUCGUGCUCUUCUUCGUGACUUGACGUUACCAUCAGCUCCUAACCUAGACAUUCCACCAUCGCCCCCAGGAUCACCACCACCUGGCACAAACGAGAAAUUUGAGAAAUUCCUCGAGCUCAAGAAGAAGGGAACACACUUCAACACCAAACUGGAGCAAUCAACUGCACUAAAAAACCCCAGUUUGAUGGAUAAACUGAUGAGAUUUGUCGAAGUCGACGAGCACAGUCAGUAUUCAACUACAUUAGCUACAGACUUGUGGAAUCCUGCAGCGUUUCCAGACUGGGCGUUUAAGGAGAAGCUACGGAAGAGCCACGACAAAUUGCUGAAGGAGAAAGAAGCAGAGAAGACCACUGGUACCAGGACGACUGUUGAAUUUGUCCCCUCGUCAACAGUGGCAGGCCAGGAUGCAACAGCAAGAAGUGGGCUUUCAAGAGGCGAGAAACGGAAAAGUAGUUGGAACUAA